CUCUCAUCUUUCCCAAACUUAUUAUCUCAGCCGUAAGCAACGGCUGGUCUAUAUGACCAUGUCCACUGCUAUGAAAAUUCCGGGUGGUUUUUUCCAAGUCCCAGAAGUGUCACAGGCAGAAAUCAGAUCAUUCCACGACGCGCACUUCUCUAACUCAGCAAUUGAACUAUUCGAUAUCCAAUUUCUUCGACCAGAUAACGCACAGAAUGAAGAUCAAUAUUAUGAAGAGUACGAAGAAUACUACGAAGAGGAAGAGGAUGAUGGCUUAGGUUACUAUCCAGAUGGUGUCAAACGUACCCUAACCGACGAGCAAAUCGCCAUCUUCAGACAUUCCGAACUUGAGUCGCUGAACCGCGUUGAAGCUACAGCCGCGAAGCUUAAACAACAGUCUGCAGCCCUAUUACAGGCAGCGAAGGAUGAAGACGCGUCCGAAUUGCACGACGAGUCCAUGGCAACUUCGCAGCCUGUGACACAAGGCGAAAAUCCCGAGGACACAGAGGUUAAGAAGGGAGAUGACGCCCAAGACGGCAGUGAGGAUGGGGAAAUCGAAGCUGAGCCACCCCAGCUUACGAAGGCCGAAGCUAGGCGUCUAAAGAAACAACGUUCAAAGCGUAAGAAAAACCAGGAGCGAAAAUUCAAUCCCGAGAAGAAACCUGAUCUACGCAAGAGAACGUGGGAUGUAGUCGAGGCUGGCAUGGAUAGUUUAGACUACGAUGAACUCGAUACAGGUCGGAAUGCUUCUUCUACUCCCGCGGCACAGAGGCGUCGGAUUUCGUACGAUGAUUGAGGUUGUUCCUUGCCUAGGCACGAAGGUGGUGUAUUCCAUGGUCAGAUAAUAUGCUCGUGGAUAUAAGUCUCAGAUACACGCGGUUGUACUGUGCUUAUACAGCGAUGUGCGACAAUUCCCAGCCAGUUGGAUCUUUGUCAAGGGUGUGCUCGGUCUCGACAAAUUAACAAUAGGGUCCAUGCCUUUCGGAGGUAUUGGUAAUAAGGAGGGUGUUGAACUACUGCUUACCUAAUACAUUACUACAUCAGCCUCCUAUUUGCAAGAUGGAGCUAUAGGGGGUAGUAAUCAUCUAGUCAUAGCGUACAGUCAACAUCUAAAUCAGAUACUGUACAUAUUCUGGAACCUGGGAUAUCGAGUUGCGACUUUUCCAGGCAAACAUUGAAGCUCCGAGGCCUUGUUUGAUAAGGUUCCUACUGCCGAUGUCUCAAAGAUUCAUGCAGACUCAGGUGACAAAGAACAAUAGAUAAU